UCUAUAAACUCUCUUUUUCACCGACUUUCAUUCACCAGUCUCCACUACUCGAUUUUCAAGUUUUAUCUUUCACACAGGCCUAUAUAUAUAGAGAGAGGGAUUCGUUCGCAUAGAUUCUCUCUCUUAUACAAGUGGCAUGCUUCUGUGUGUGUUGAAAUUUGAGGGAUAAAUCAUAAAUAUUUACGUAAAAGUGAAACGCUUUUGUUGGUUUUGUAGUGUAUAUGCAUUUAUAGUAUAAAAAAAAAUUCUUGGAUCUCGGGUGAAAAUUGCUAAGCUCACAGUUUCGGAGCCAGCUUAUUGUUGGGCAGAGAAACAGUGCAUUAGAUCAUCGUUUUCCAAAUAUUUCAGCGCGUGUGGUGUUUUAAUCGUCGGCAUUGCUGAAGAUUUGGGGUUUUCGAACUGUACUAUAUAAGGUACAUUUUUUUCUCGAUCUGGGAAAAAGAAUAAUUACUUAUUUUCUUUCCUUUUUGUCCGUGGAAACACGAAUACUGUAAUCAAUAAUCUGUAUUUGGGGUUGAGAAGGGGAAGAAUCUAAAGCAAUUGGAUUAUUGAAACUACUUUUGAUGGAGAAAUGAAGAAAAUCUUGUGUUCUUUUUUAUGAGGGUCUCUUUCAGAGUAAAGAAAUCCAAAUGGUUAAAAAGUGCUUCUCGGACUCCGCUGCUUUGCAACGAAUCAGAUUCUUGGCAAAUAGAUCAAUUGUUGAAGUCCGUGACCGUGAGGUGUAGUUUUGAAGCUUGUUUGGGGUACUAUUAAAGUAAACCAAUUUGGGAAAUCUUUAGUCUUUAGUAAUGCUCUCUUAAUUAUUCUGGAUCUAAGUGUAAUCACUGCAACACUUUCUUGGUUGACAUUGAUUUGUAUCUGCCAAUUCAGAUUGAUAGAUUCGUUAAUACUGUGAAGCAUCGAAUGGGACUUCUUGGAAGUCUCACGAUGCUUCUUCUCACGAUACUGUUGUUUAGCUCUUUCAGAGCUGUCACGGCCCAAUCAAAUUCGACAGGUGAUGCUCGGGCACUUGAUGCACUCCUCCAAGACUAUGCUUAUCAGGCAUUUCUUAGCCCUAGGACCGGUGUUGUUUAUGAUGGAUUUGUCCCGUCUAAUUUGACAGGGAUUAUGAUUUCAGGGAUGAGGCUAAGGAGUGGUAGCUUAAGGACACAUGGAGUUAGCAUGUACAAAGAGUUUGAGAUUCCUAUGGGUGUGCUCGAGCAGCCUUAUGUUGAGAGGCUUGUUUUGGUGUACCAGAACUUGGGCAAUUGGUCUAUAGUGUACUAUCCUCUGCCUGGUUACAUUUAUUUAGCUCCUGUAUUGGGUCUUCUAGCUUAUGAUGCUUCAGACUUGAUGGCUAAAAACUUGCCUGUGCUUGACAUUCAUGCGUCUGGUCAGCCCAUAUUGAUAAAGUUUUCGGAUAUAAAGUCAUUGCCAGAAGGGCCAGUUCCGAAGUGUGUUUCAUUUUAUUUAAAUGGCACUGUUAUUUUCAGUAAUGUAUCUCAAGACAAGACAUGUACAACAUUCCAACAGGGGCAUUUCUCUAUUGUAGUCGAGUCAACUGCUCCUGCUCCCACACCUGUGUCUCCAGUGCCACCAGGACUGGGGGGUGGUCCAAAGCAAGGUCCUGCACCAAGUGGCCACAGCAAGAAGAACAAUUCAAAGGUCUGGAUUACCAUUGGGUCAGUUUUAGGAGGAUCGGCAUUGUUGAUUAUGUUAGGACUUCUUGUGCUCUGGGCAUGCAAGUACAAGAAGACGAAGGAAAUGCAGCAUAUGGAGAGGGCUGCAGAGGUUGGGGAGUCGUUGGAAAUGACUAGGGUUGGAAGCACAAAGGCACCGGCAGCCACUGGGACGAGGACACAACCAACCCUCGAGACUGAGUUGAAGGUUGUGGUGUGAAGAAUUGAGGAUUACUUGUGUAAACGAUAAUCUGCAACCUCUCACAACAACCAUCCAUAAUUUGAUGAUUAUUUGUUGUUUGAAACUUGGUUUUUACCAGGCUGAAUUCAUGAUUAUAUCUGUUGAUGAGUUUUUUAUGGUCCAUUUUAAGUAAUAAAAGUUUCAAUGGCC